UUUGCACGUCAGCGUCUUACGUAAAGGCUAGCUCCUCAGAUUGUGCCCAGGCAGAUCCCUGCACCCUGAACUGCAGACCCAAACACAGCGAAACACAGACCCACGACCGGAUAAACAUCGACUAAAACACUCUCUACAGCUGUCAGAACACUUGGUUUGAGACUGUGAAAUGUGUGGAAGAACUGCGUGCACCCUUGCUCCUGACGAGGUGAGCCGAGCCUCCUCCUACAGAAACCGUGGAGGGCGGCGGAGGCAGCCCCGCUGGAAGGAUGGAGAUGCGGACAAAUACCGACCAUCUUACAACAAGAGCCCCCAGUCCACGAGUCCCGUCCUGCUGUCCCGGAGGCACUUUGAUAAGGAAGCUCCUGAGGAUGAAUGUGUGCUGGCGGCCAUGCGUUGGGGUCUGGUACCUUCCUGGUUCAGAGAGAAAGACCCAAGCAAGAUGCAGUACAGCACCAACAACUGCCGCAGUGAGAACAUCUUACAAAAGAAAACUUACAAGGACCCAAUGAAUAAAGGACAGCGUUGUGUCAUCCUGGCUGAUGGUUUCUACGAGUGGAAGAAGCAAGAAAAGGCCAAGCAGCCUUUCUUCAUAUACUUCCCCCAGACUGAGGAGAAAACCAAGCAGGAUGACAAAUCACAGGCCUCGUGCUCUCCAGAGGAGGCCUCCCCUGAGUUGACAGAGAAGGAAGAUGCAUCAGGUGAGUGGACAGGAUGGAAGUUGCUGACUAUGGCUGGAGUGUUUGACUGCUGGACACCUCCAGGUGGAGUAGAACCUCUUUACACAUACAGUGUGAUCACUGUGAAUGCUUCUCCAAACCUGCAAAGUAUUCACCAUAGGAUGCCAGCAAUCCUGAAUGGAGAUGAAGAAGUGAGAAGAUGGCUUGAUUUUGGCGAGGUGAAAGCAGUGGAUGCCUUGAAACUGCUGGAGUCUAAGAACAAUUUGACUUUUCAUCCCGUGUCUUCCCUUGUCAACAACUCACGCAACAAUUCUCCAGAGUGCCUCCAGCCUGUGGAUCUCAACAGCAAAAAGGAGCCCAAGCCUACAGCCAGCAGUAAGAUGAUGGCGAGCUGGCUGAAGAGCAGUGCACCUACGAAGAGGAAGGAGGCUGACACGAGUGAGAGUAAAGAAGAGAAGAAAAGCAAAUCUGAAGGAGGGCUUCAGAGAGCCUCCAAGAAGUCAAGAACCACUUAAAGAUACAAAUCUGGAUUUCAAACUGCAGUAUUUAAAAAAAAUAUUUAGGUCUUAAUAUUUGCACCCACUAGUUUUAAAAGUAUAAUAAAAAGGUUGAAGAUUUUGUUGUUGUUGUUGUUGUAGUAACCAUUGCCAAUGAAUAAAGUAUGCUACACAAAUUA